GUGCCAGCAAUUGACAUCAUUGAGGGGGAUGCAAUAUCUUGCUUCUCUCAAUAAAUUAAGUAUAAAAGAUUGUGCUAGACUUCAGAUCAUGGCAGAAGAUCUGCUCUCAUCAAUGCCUGACGAAGUGGAAAUUGUUGAUUGCCCUGGAUUGAGUAACUGGUGCCAAAUACAAAGAAUCAACUGCAUUGAGGUUGCUUCAGGCAACAAGCUCACUACAUCGAACACAUGGGAGAACGUAAUGCAUGAGUUUGACGAUUUGACAUCCGUUGAGCAUCUUUAUUUCGGUAAUCAUUGGAGAUUCUUUCUGCGAAGAGACUCCAUACCCAUACUUGAAGAGCUGACCAUAUGGGGUUGCACGGACAUCCCACCACUAUUUUCCCUGCCACGGCUCACAUCUCUUCGAAGCUUGGUCAUAAAGGACUGUCCUAGAAUCCAUUGUCUGCCAUCUUAUCUGCUCCCAUCCACGCUCAAGUCUUUGGUGGUUGAUAAUUGUGAGGAUCUAACAUUUUUGCGAUUGGCACAGGAGAACCUAGAUGCAUUUGAGGAGCUGCAGCUUAUGAAUUGCCCUAAGCUCGAACGGGUGGAAGGGGUGAAUUGCCUUUUCUUCACAAAAAUCUUAAGAAUAGAACGAUGCCUCAACUCCAGCUUCCACAAGAUGAUCGACAGCCAUCUAUUUCUCCAAAUGUCGAAAUUGCAGGUAGCUAUACUUGCAUUUUGGCUAAUUGCCAAAUUAAUAAUUGUACUGGCACCGACCGCUUUAUUUCUUUAUCUGUCUUUGCAGAGGAAGUAGAGAACAA